UCUGAGAACCCAUACUCAUAUGCAAAUUCAAUCGAAGACGUGAACUUACCUAACUGGUAUAUCAAUAAUAGUAAAUUUGAGAAGGUGAAUACAUCACCCAAACUAACACCUCAAAUAGAUAUACCCAAGAAACCUGAUAUCGUCAAACCUGAUCCCAUCGAAGUAAAGAAGAUGCGAAAACAAGGUGAAAUGGAACAAAUUACAAAAAAUAUUUUUAGAUCAGAAUUGAGUAAAUUAAUGCAAGCUGAUGACUAA